AAACCUCAUUGACACGUUGGUGUGUGUAUGUGCACGAGUUGUCCGCAUCACUUAAAUGACGGAUAUGAAGAAGACUAAAGACUUAACUGUUGAAGCGGCCGAGGCUAAAGUGGACAGUGACAUGGUCAGGACUGUCACCAGCCCAAAGGGUGAGGGUGAUACUCCUGCGGACUGCAGUGGUGGCGCGUCCAUGGCUGUUGAGACCAGCUCGGUGGAAGAUUCUGGUGCAGCGAGCGGGACCCUGCCGGGCAAGAGACAGCCCCCGGGAGGCACCAGCGUUGUUGGCGCGGAGCCGUCGGACGGAGAGGAUGGGAGUUCUAUGCUGGAAGAGGGGGAGGUGGCAUGGGCCGAGGAGUUGGCCUACCACUGUCAGAGCUGCCAGAAGUGGACUGUGGCGAGUCAGCUGAAAGGCGAUCCACCCAGUCACCUGAAGGGAGACAACUUCUUCAAGUUCUGCUGUGUUGACUGCUCGCCAGAUGGACGAGAGACCUUUGAGAGAAUGAAACUGACCUGGCAACAGGUUGUGAUGCUGGCUAUGUACAAUCUGUCACUGGAAGGUAGUGGCCGUCAAGGCUUCUUCCGUUGGAAGGAAGACAUUUGUGCGAUCAUCGACAAGUACUGGACCCUUCUCUUGGGAAACAGGAAGAAGACGAGCACGUGGUGGAGCACGGUGGCCGGCUGCCUCUCGGUCGGCUCGCCCAUGCACUUCCGCUCGGGGGCGCAGCAGUUCGGAGAGCCGGGAUGGUGGAAGCUGGCGCGCACCAAGCCUCCCUCGCUCCGGCCAGAACUGGAGAGCGUCCCUGCGCCUGGCGGGCAGCGUGGCCGAGGUGCUAGCAAGCAGAGCGCGGAGCCGGCGGCACGCGUGGACAGCCUGCGCAAGCGUUCGGCUCGCAACGCCGUCGAGUCUGCCAUGGAGCUCAAGGAGAAGCGACUGCGCACUACCGAGGCCAAGGACAUGCGACGGGCCCAGCGCGAGGGUGCCGUCUCCCCGACCUCCAUCCCGCCGGCCCGCGCCACCCCACGCUCCCGACGUGCCGGCGGCUCGGCCGUCUCCUCCGAGGGCGGCGGAGGCGGCGUCGGCGGCGGCGGCGGCGGCGGCGGUGCCACCGUGGGGUUGGAGCGCGGCGAGGUUCUGGACCACUCUUCGCUGCUCUCGUGCGACAGCGCCGGGGUCGGCGGUGGGGGCAGCAGCACGACGCCGUUCGGCAGCCCAGCGCCAUCCCCGGGGCCAGAGCUGUCAUCGUCGUCGGCGCCGGGCACGCCCCGCUCGCACGCGGCGACGCCGAGCCUCUUCUCGGCGGCCGACCUCGUGCCAGACGUGAUGCCCCCACAGGCGCUACUGCACGGGGACGACGAGGACAUGGAGCUGGACGCCGUCAUCGACCCGGGCGUGGAGUUCGUUCCCACCGUGAAGCCCGUGGCGCUGCGCCUCGCCGAGGAGGGUGGAGCCGUCAGGGUGGAGCGCGUGCGUGAGCCCGAGCUGGAGCCCAAGACAGAGGUGGAGGCCGAGGAGGAGGAGGAGGACGCGGCGGCGGCGGUGGCGGGGAAGCCGCACGGCGACACUCCGGCGGCCGUCGCCGUGGCGCGCGCAAGGGAGCACACCAAGGUGGAGCGCGAGGAUGAACCCGCACCCGCUCCCAGAAUGAUUUCGCUGAGCCUGUACGAGGAGAAGCUUCUGCUGCGCAGCCUCACCGGCUUCCCACGCGCGCUGGCCGCGAGCUCGGAGGCGCGUCGCCUGCGGCGCAAGCUGCUCGUGCGCCAGGCCAAGCGGGAGCGCGGGCUGCCGCUCUUCGACCUGGACCGCGCCGUCGAGAGGGCGCUGGCGCUUGUGCUGACGGGCGAUGGACGCGAGGAGGCCCCGACCUGCCAGGAGGUGGCGCUCUCUGCCGCCGGCCUGCACGUCUACCGCACGACGAGCAGCGACUUCCGCGUGCUCGAUCGCUACCAGACAAGUUUCCCGGCGCUGCAGGUGUGGCGGCAGGAGCCCACGCACUUCCUGCAGCGCCUCGUUGGCAGCGGCGACGCUUUCCUGAACCGCAGCAUCAUCAGCCCUUACACGUCACGUGUGCUCAAACCAUACAUCAGGCGAGACAUUGAGUCGAAGCCCCUCAAGGUGAAGCUCCUGGCAGAGAUCAGGGCGUUCCCUCAUCGCCACGACCCCACGUGGACCCCUGAGCCGGACGUGCCCAUCGACUACUGCUACGUGCGACCCAACCACAUCCCCACCAUCAACUCCAUGUGCCGCCAAUUCUUCUGGCCCGGCAUAGACCUGUCCGAGUGCCUGCAGUACCCGGACUUCAGCGUUGUGGUCCUCUACAAGAAAGUGAUCGUUGGGUUUGGCUUCAUGGUUCCCGACGUCAAGUACAACGAGGCGUACGUGUCCUUCCUGCUGGUGCACCCAGAGUGGCGCGGCGCUGGCAUCGGCACGUUCAUGAUCUACCACCUCAUACAGACAUGCAUGGGUAAGGACAUCACCCUGCACGUAUCGGCCAGCAACCCUGCCAUGCUGCUGUACCAGCGGUUUGGCUUCAAGGCCGAGGAGUACAUCCUGGACUUCUACGACAAGUACUACCCACUGGACAGCAAAGAGUGCAAGCAUGCCUUCCUGCUGCGCCUGCGCAGAUGACCGCGCCGCUCGUCGACUCAAUGUUUGUGUGCGAGGGUCGAAUUUGUCUUUUGCGUGCAGCUUGGUGUGUGGCCCCCCUUUAGUAUGUAUGGAAGGUCAGUUUACUUGAGAUGUGUAUAUAGUUUUCAUAGACUCACACUUGUGUAGAAUAUGACUUUGUUAUUUGCAA